AUGCCUUCUUUUUCCCCUACCCCUAGCCUUAACUCCUCAAUCCCCACCUCACCCUUAACAGGUUUGUCGUGCCAACUGGACGAGUCCUACAAGCAUAUAUACCUACCAACUUGCUACAUCCUCACCUUCCUACUGAGCCUCGCUCUAAACUCCAUUGUUCUCUCUCGGUGCCUACGCCGACCAUGGAACCCAUCACUGAUCUACAUGUUCAAUUUGGCACUGAGCGACCUCAUGUACAGCUUGUCCCUGCCAUUCCUCAUCACAAACUAUAUAUUCCAAGACCGCUGGCUCUUUGGAGAUCCCAUGUGUCGCUUGGUUCGUUUCCUGUUCUACUUCAAUCUCUACUGCAGCAUCUUCUUCUUAACCUGCAUCUCCUUCCAUCGCUACCUUGGUAUCUGCCACCCUAUGCGUUCAAUGAGGUUGGAAGCUAUGCGUUGGGUGAGAGCCACCUGUCUACUUGUGUGGACCUUGGUAUUUGCCAUGACCUUUCCAAUACUGCUCUUUGCUCGGACGGGGCCACUGGAGGAUGCAAACAUAGUAACCUGCUGGGAUGACGCCCUUGACGAGGACCUUGAACGUUACAUGCCUUAUGGACUUUUUUUGCACAUAGCUGGCUUCUUCUUACCCUUUUCAUUAACUGCCUGGUGCUACUCAAGAGUGGUACGCACCAUCUGGCAAACUUUACGUGGGGCCCAACGGCGCAAGUCAAUUCGAACCAUCGUCACCAUCACCCUACUGUUCGCCCUCUGCUUCCUUCCUUUCCACAUAACCCGCACAAUUUUCUUGACCAUGCGGGCAAGAGGAGCUGCCCUAGGUGGAUGCCGUGCCUUAGGGGUGGUGGCUGUCUGUUACAAGGUCACCAGACCUCUGGCAAGUGCCAACUCCUUUCUUAAUGCUCUUCUAUACUUUCUGACUAAGGAACCCUGUGGGCGAGGAAUAUGGGGCAGGAAAGACAGAGAACAAAUUGGGAAAGUGGAAAAAAAGAGACCAGCCAAAGGAGAUGGAGACUGGGACAACAUCUAUCCUCGAUUUCACUAG